AUGAAGGCAGGCGUCUCCGUGACGACGGAGGGCGGGGCCUGGGGUGGGAACUCCACGGCCUCUUCCUCCUCCUCUUCCUCCUGCAGCAUCGACGAGUCAUACAAGUACGUGUUCCUGCCGCUGUGCUACUCUCUGACCUUCGCCGGCAGCCUGUCACUCAACUCCGUGGUGCUGCUGCGCUCCGUCCGCCAGAGCCGCCGCUGGAACGCCUCGCUGGUCUACAUGGUCAACCUGGCGACCACGGACCUGAUGUACGGCCUGUCGCUGCCCUUCCUGAUCGCCAGCUACGUGAUGCGCGACCGCUGGGUGUUCGGCGACUUCGCCUGCCGCCUGGUGCGCUUCCUGUUCUACUUCAACCUGUACUGCAGCAUCUACUUCCUCACCUGCAUCUCUGUUCACCGCUACCUGGGCAUCUGCCACCCCAUGACCACCGUCGCCAUGGAGACAGAGCGCGCCGCCAGGGGCACCUGCGCCGUGGUGUGGGGCGUGGUCUUCGCGCUGACCAGCCCCAUCUUCAGAUUCGCCCAGACCGGGUACGUGACGCGCGGGGCGGGGCCGGGGGCGGGGCCGGGGGCGUUCCAGGCCUGCUGGGACGACGCGCCUGAUGAGGACCUGGCGGAGUACGUGCCCUACGGCCUCACCCUGCACCUGCUGGGCUUCUUCCUCCCCUUCCUCAUCAUCGCCUGCUGCUACUCGCGUGCGGUGCUGGCCCUGCUCCGGGGCCUGAGGGCCCAGCAGCCCCUCCAGGAGGGCCCCGCCCCCCCGCAGGUCCGGCGCCGCCGCAAGUCCAUGCGGACCAUCAUCGUCAUCACUCUGCUCUUCGCGCUCUGCUUCCUGCCCUUCCACGCCACGCGGACGCUCUUCCUGCUGCUGAAGGGCUGGGGCGGGGCGCCCUGCGGGGCUGUGCGCGUCGUGUCCGUCUGCUACAAGGUCACGCGGCCCCUGGCCUCCUUCAACGCCUGGCUCAACGCCCUGCUGUACUUCAUCACCACGGACAGCGCCCCCUGCUGCCCGCGCCCCCGACGCACCCACCACACCCUCCUCUCGCCCCAGAGGAUGCUGGGACAGGGCGCCGAGAGGGAGGGGCCAGGGCCAGGAGGCAGGGCCAAGGAGAAUGAAUCAAAAUUGUCUGGAAACAUACUGUGA